AUGGAUCCCGCCUCGUCGGUGGCCGCCGAGCUCUGGCGGCCGACGCCGCACCACCACCACCUCGCCUCUGCUGCCGGCCGUCCCCACCUCGAGGCCUCCUCCUCCGUCGUCACCGCCGCCGCCCGCUCCGGGUCCGGGGGCGGCUCCAGCAGUCGCAGGAGGCCGCGGCGCGACACCGCGGCGCCGGCCGGGAGGAGCCGUCCAAGCUCGUUUCCACGUCCGGCACCGCCGCCAGCAGCAGUGCCGCAGGCGGCUGGGACUCGGCAUUUACAUUGCCUUUCUAUCCUUGCUGACCCAGAAGCAAAACGGUUGAAGCAGAUGGCACCUAGUCAAAAUAAUGACAGAAGAACGACAGAAGCUGGAACAAAUUCAGGGAACGCUAGCAAGUCUGUGGUUAAGAAGCCUGCACCUAAAGAGCCACCAAAAGACUACAUUCAUGUGAGGGCUAGAAGAGGUCAAGCAACGGACAGCCAUAGCCUCGCAGAAAGAGCACGACGAGAGAAGAUAAGUGAACGGAUGAAAGUUCUUCAAGAUAUUGUCCCUGGAUGCAAUAAGGUUAUCGGGAAAGCAUCAGUCCUUGAUGAGAUAAUAAAUUACAUCCAGUCUUUACAGCGUCAAGUGGAGUUUUUGUCCAUGAAACUUGAAGCCAUUAAUGCUCAUAUGAACAAUGCGACUGUAGCUUUUCCAACAAAAGAUUUUGGUGCUCCCCCAUAUAAUACUGCUCCUAGUCUGACGUUGGAUCCACAAACACCAAGGGAAUACGCCCAGGGCUCGAUGUCAGAUUGGCUUCACAUGCAGAUCGGCAAUGCAUAUGAAAGAGUGACAUGA